GUUGCCCGCUGUGUGAAUGGGAAGUGGCGACGCCGCGACGACAAGAUGGAGUUCCUCGUCCACAACAUCAGCCACUCGGACCUGAUCUUGGAGCUCACGGGCGACACGGCGCUCAGAACAUCGCGCAAUGCGACAUCGCUCCUUGCUCGUCCCAAGUUCAGCCUCUUCAAUGUCGUCUCGCAAUCCAUCGUUCGCCAACUCGACAUGAUUUUGUCCCCAACGACGGUGCAAGCCGACACAUACGAACGCCAGAUGGACAGUCCUCGCUUCCAGCUGCGUGAGCAUUGUACAACCACGUAUCACCCUGUGGGAUUCAGACUGGACGUGAAGCCGAUCGAUGUGCAGUCCCUCCCGUUGGAUCUGUCGGACUUUCAAUUGCGUGCGUCCGACGAAACGAUUGCUGAAGUUGAGUCCUCGUGGAAACGUAUUCGUAUUACAGCGUGCUUCUUCCCCCUCCUUGGCAGUUUGCUGCCCAAGUGGCACCAGGUUCUCUCCGAUGUUCACUCGGACGAGUCGCAGCAGCUCCUGUACCUCAUCUCUGGCGCUGGCAUUCCUCGCAACGCGUCGCAUUCGAUCUGUGGCAACUCGACAGAGUACACCGCCGAGCUCAUGUCCAAGUUCGUCGCGACGUACUACCCCAACAUUCACGUGACUCAAAUUCACUCGGGCUCCAACAUCUUUCGAUACGACGACAACGUCCAGUUCAUGACGCGGCAGCUUCGACCGAUGCUCGAGUCCCAUCGCGACGUGCUCGUGGCCAAAGUUGGGGACCAAUGGAAGAGCCACUUUCAUCUCACGAUCGCAUACGCCGACGGUCCUCCUGCCCGGUUGUCGGCGCUGAAUGCCGCUUUACGCGUGUACCAGCCUUCGUAUCUUCACGUGUGGCAGCUGAAAACGUACUGGCACGAGCGAAAGCUCAGCUUGGACGAUGUCGAUUUUCACCCGUUUGAGAAUGUCGAAGCAACCCCUGCGAUCGCGGUGGCCGAGCUCACGGACCCCAUCGUCACUCGGCUCGUGAACGAAGUCAAAUCAUUCCGAGACCAAUUCGUUCAAGGAGAGCACUUGGGCGAAGUGGGGCAGUUUUGGCUCCGCAAGUCGCGCAAGCCCGUGCUCGCGGUCCUGUUGAUUGAAAAACUUGUGGACGGUACGCCCACGAUCGUGGUGCAUCGUGGGAUGAACUGCGAAGUGUCGAUGCCGACGGGGUCGCUGUGCGCCGAGCGAAACGCCAUUGGGAGUGCCUUGGCCAACGACCCGACGUUGUUGCGGCAGUCGCUUAAAAUGAUUGCCGUCCUCAGCGUCACUCUGCACUCCCACCCGAAACAAGUCGCCAUGGCGUCCGCCGCGCAACCACCUUGUUCCUCAACGGCGCUGCCCAUCGACGCCCCCCCUCCUGUUCUCGUCAACGUUCCAUCCUCCAUCCAACCAUCCAACGUGGAGCGGUCGCCAAAGGCGGGUCGAAAACCCAAGCGCCCUCGUACGAUUUCAUGCGACGCCAGUGUCCCGGCGAUUCAAGCAGCUCUGACCGCCGUGGAUGCCGCGACUGCGAUGGCCAAGGCGGAGAAGGACCUGAACCCUCUCGCACCGUGCGGGGCGUGCAACGAAUGGCUCCUCAAAAUUGCCGAAGCGAACCCGUCCUUCAAGAUUGUCACGUUUGACAGCAUCGACUGCGACAGCGUGUACAUUCAUCAGCUGCUGUGAUGAACUCGAUGGAUUGAUUUGGUUCGCCACGGGGCCCCGUCGGUUUGAUGACGCGGGUGCCGCUUUUGAAUUGCGCUGCAUUCGUGCACCAGCGGACAAAGCUGUUGCGGCGCCAUUACUCUUUUUCAGGGAAGUCCCAAUGUCGAGCACAUUUGCUAUAUCACUCGACACACUUGGAAGAUUUCAAUGCAAACCCCUCCUUUGACGCA